UUGGCUGCAGGAGGCGGAUCCGCAGGUGUCCUCCGCUCAUAGAGGCGCAGGGCGGAGAGAAGGUGAUCAAUCUCCAUCCGUCUCCAUUAGAAAUCACCUUAACACUCUGACAGACAACGACAAGCCCCCUGAAAGCAAAUGAGUUUGAUUUAUUUGGCUGUAAAAACACCCGGAACCGCAGCGAGGACGCGGUGACGCCCGUGUGCUGAUAACCUGCCCGCGCGUCUCUCCGUGAUGCUGCUCGGUUUGAACACUGUUGUUUGUUUUUGAGCAAGUCUGCAGCUGCUGCUCCACUUUUAUGCCCCGCAGACUUCCUCCUCCUACUGCUGGAUAAUUUUACUGCUGCUCGCCUCGCGUGGCCCGAGAGCUCCGGGAGAAGGGAAGGAGAAAAACAAGUGACUUGGAUCGGCCCCCUGUCCCGUCAAGCUGCAGCAUCGGGGGAAACCGAACCACUGGCCUGAGCUGGGUGGAGCAGUGACCGCCUGUAGCAUGAUGUCCUACCUCAAACAGCCCCCCUACGGCGUCAACGGCCUGGGGCUCAGCGGCGCUGCCAUGGACCUGCUGCACCCCUCAGUGGGCUACCCAGCGACUCCCAGGAAGCAGCGGCGGGAGCGGACAACCUUCACCCGCUCCCAGCUCGACGUCCUGGAGGCUCUGUUCGCCAAGACCCGGUACCCGGAUAUCUUCAUGCGGGAGGAGGUCGCGCUGAAAAUCAACCUGCCGGAGUCCAGAGUCCAGGUGUGGUUCAAGAACCGGAGGGCCAAGUGUCGCCAGCAGCAGCAGAGCGGCAGCAGUGCCAAAGCCAGGCCGCCCAAGAAGAAGUCUUCUCCGGCCCGGGAGAGCACCGGAUCCGAGAGCAGCGGCCAGUUCACGCCUCCCGCCGUCUCCAGCACCGGCUCGUCCUCCUCUUCGUCCUCCUCCACCAAUCACACAGGCCCGGCGGCGCUCAGCAGCACCUCUACCUCCAUCAGCACCGUCUCCUCCAUCUGGAGCCCCGCUAUCUCCCCCGGAAACGCUCCUGCUCCUGCCGUGGCCCCUCUUCCCGAGCCCGGACCCCCGUCUAAUGCGUCCUGUAUGCAGCGCUCAAUGUCGGGCUCCGCCGCCGCCGCCACCUCCUACCCCAUGUCCUACAACCAGACGCCGGGCUACGGGCAGGGCUACCCCGCCCCCUCCAGCUCUUACUUCAGCGGCGUGGACUGCGGAUCCUACCUGGCCCCCAUGCACUCCCACCACCACCCCCACCAGCUCAGCCCCAUGACAGCCUCCUCCAUGUCCGGCCACCCGCACCACCACAUCAGCCAGUCGUCGGGCCACCAUCACCAUCACCACCACCACCAGGCCUACGGCGGCUCCGGCCUGGCCUUCAACUCCUCCGACUGCCUGGAUUACAAAGAGCAGACUGCAGCCUCCUCGUGGAAGCUCAACUUUAACACCACAGACUGCUUGGACUACAAAGACCAGGCCUCCUGGAGGUUCCAAGUCUUGUGAUCAGGCUUUUCUUUUUCUUCUUCCCUCCCUGCUCGUCCGCUCCCUCUUCUUCUUUUUAUUCUCCAGAUUAGCGUAUUGCUUGUUUUUUUUUUUUUAAAGACAAAAAGAGUUUAUGAACCAUAAGAUAACAAGAUAGCAGCAGGAAUGCUCAGCAAUCGGACUUUGUUUUUCCUCCCUCUCGUCCUCCGCGUCUUUUUAUAAAAUUUAAAAUUUAAAAAAUAAAAAAAAAAAAGAGAAAAAAAAAGAGAACCAGCCCCUCAAGUCCUGUGAAGAGAAAAACGUCAGGAGCAGUUUCCUGAUGAUGAAGAAUGGGUUUUUAAGAAGCCCCCCCACCCUCCACCCCCCCACCCCCCCUCCCUCUUGGAUCAGCUUAACAAAACCAAACUGUUUUUCAAAACAACAGAAAAAAAAGUCAUUUGAACCAAACUCCUUUGACCACCAGCUCUCUGGCUCUCUGGAUGGGAGGAAUAUUUUCCCCUCUGGUGCACCGACAGGAACUGCCUGCAGUGCCCUCUUUACCUCCGACCCAAUCAAAUCCUGUAUAGUUUUUAUUUCUGAAAUUUGUUAUUUUAGGAUGACAGAGAUUUUUAGUCAGCUACGUUGAGGAGCUGAAAUAUGUAAAUAUGUAUUUGGGUCAGUUACAGUGACCAUGUUUAGUUGGUGUUUUUCCGAAUUUGAAAUUGUUUAUUACCACUUUGGGAGAAAAAAAACAAGAAAAAAAACUGUAUGUAAAUCUUUCCAAAUAUUCCAAAGAGAACAAAUUGGCCAUAAAGUUCAGCUUUUAUAUACGUUGUUUUACUCAGAAAAAAUAUGUUUUGGCAAUUUGAAAUGUCUUGGGAAAACUCUAAAUCUAAAAUAUAGAUGCAGAACUAUUCUGGG